AUGGAAGAAGGUGCAUUGUUAGCACUUGCAAUAAACCCAGUCCUGCAGGAGGACAGUUCGAAUAAAGUGUGUACCUCUUGCAAACAAGCCGCGGAGUACGCAACAUCCAAGUUGAAAGCGAGGAGGUUGAAACCGAAAAAGUCCGAAAGUAACCUCUGGACGCCGCGAUCCGACGUCAGUACUAUGAAUGGUAGCGGUAGUGAUACCAUGAGACGUCGGAACUUUUCACCGCUGACGCCUACGGCGGGGCUUAAUGACGGAGGCAAGAAGCGAAAACUCAACGAUUCACACAGUGUGGCACGAUAUCGAAACUGGCGAAAUCCUAAGUCGCAAAAGGUUGGAGGCGUUGCUGAAGGAAAUACUGAGUUAGAUUUUGCGAGCCAGAAGUCCAAUGGAGGGCCUAUAGGCCACCAGAGGUUGCAUAUGUCAUCUGAACACAUGGGAAACUUGAACGUUUCGAGGGAUAAAGACGGCAGGAGAACGGAAAUUCCAACAAAAUCCCCGGAGAUUCUUUCAGAUGACCGAGACUUUACGGACUAUGGGAUUGUGCAAUUUCAGCAGUCCGUGCCUUUUAUCGGAGCGUGUCCCUAUUCGAUCGAACCGACCCCGAACCCGAAUUCGGUCCAAGCUAGGCGCUCCAACAAAUCUCUUGGCACAGAGCCCAACUCACAAGGCUUCUAUGAUAUGCUCUCGAAAUACCGCGAUUCGGACGAGGGGUCUGUGACAUCAACACUCUAUGACAUGCGUACUGAAGAUCCAUCAUAUAUAUCCAUCCAAGCCAAGAUCGCUGCGAGAGGAGGCAGGAAGGGGCAAUUCGGCGAAGUAUACAGUAGACUGGAUGUGGACUCGACGUGGAGCAAACAUCAAAACCAACCAUGGAAGAUCAAUCCUGCUGGGCUAGACCGCCAUGAUCUGCCACUACAAAAGGUAUUCGGAGGCGCAGGCUGGGGCAUGGAGACAUUUGGCGAAAGCGGCGAUAUCGUAAAGCGAUAUGUGGACCGGGUCACCCGCAUGGCUGAAACACAGAAUACUGAGCUCCUUAUUCUCCGUAAGCAGCUACAAGAGAAAGAAGAAUUGCUCCAAGCACGAAAGGCUCAUAUGAGAGGCAAAAGGGUCAGAUUGGAAGGCACGUUCGUGUAUAGUACACAAGAUGUGUUAGAUGUUGCGCGAGAGGUCGAGACUAAGCCGGUUGCAAAACGACCUCGUGGGCGCCCACGCAAGCGCCCUGUUGAGGAAGUUGAGGAGGAAGAGGAUGUAGAGGUACAACCCAUCGUUAGCAUCGGAUAA